AUAAAAUAAUCAAAAAUACCAUAAAAAGUAUAAAAAUAUGCGAAACAUAUGUAAAAAAAAAACUGCGAACAAAUUAAACGGAAAAGCGUCUCCAACGCUCUUUGUGGGCAGGUCUGAGGGACUGGAGCAUGGCUCCGCAAAGAAAAAAAUGUUGGUGCGAAAGUGCUGCAUCAGGGAUUGCAUGACAAGAUCGCCGCCCGAUAGAUUGCACUGUUUUCCCACAGAGCCGCAGUUGCGAAAAGAGUGGAUAAAGCUGUGCAGGCCUAAAGAUGGAAUAAAAUGGCACUUCAUAUGCGCCAGACACUUUCGUCCGAGUCUGCUGCCCAACAAGAACAGCAAAUUGCCAAAACAAGCCUUCCCCGAACUGAAUCUUGGCAUUGACACAAAAGAUCCUUUGGAAUGCGGCUCACAGAGUGCAAAGUGUCUCAGGGGCGAGUCUGAAGAUGUCGGAAUCGACGAGGACAACUCGAAAGGGACUGAUGGAAUUGGAAGAGAGGCUGAAUCAUGUCCAAACUGCCAGGCAACCAAAAGCCUCAGCGAAGACAUGCAGCAGCAGCUGGCUGCUGCUCGGCUUAAAAUAGAAAAACUUAAGCUUCGGCUUAAAAAUCAUGAGUACACCGAAGAGGAGGAAGAGUACAUUUUCAUGCUGAUGAAAUAAAUAGAGGAGAGAUCUCCUAUAGAGCUUAACAUACUUUUA